CGAUUAUUAUGAAACAUGGUAAAACAAGAGAUCUCUAUUGUCGAAAUGCUAGGCUAUGCUAGGCUAUGAAACCAAUUCCUCUCACAUUCUGUUCCUCAACCUUCCUCUCUCUUGGGUUUUAGCGCUUGUGCUUUUACAAUCUGUCCUGCGAAAUUUUCUAUGAUUCGUCUGAUUCGUCUAUUCAAGUAAGAGAUCAACCCUUCAAACUGCUACUACAUCAAACUACGACGCAAGCGAAUUCAAUGGCUUCUUGUUGUUCAGCUUCUGACUCGUCUGAUUGGUUUGGUUUUUCCAUGCUGUCGGAUUUACAAUUCCUAUAUACGGCUGUUGCGUCUAUUUCUUUAUUACAUCUUGAUCCAUCGCAAAACAUUAUCAGUGCGAAAGAAAAUUUUUCAUCAACCAAAAGAUCAUGAACGCAGUAUCCUAAAAUCUGAUAACGUUUUUAUGUUGCGUUUUUUUUUUCUUCCUCUCCCCUUACUUUUUCUUUAACAGUAAAAAUUUGCCUCUCCUUUCACUCGUUCAUUUCAUGACCUGUCCUUCCUCCUUAUAGAAACUACGAUAAGAAAAGCCACCACCAUUGAAGUUAUUGCUCCUAUAUUCUUGGCUUAUGAGAGCUCUUAAAGCCUUAUAAAACGGAUUCUGACAUUGGAUUUUGUCGAAUUUGGCAUUACCCUAAACUGUUUGAGCUUUACAUCAAAAAGAUCAAUUGAAAUAUCAUCAUAGCAAAUUCCCUUGUUAAGGUCGAAAAGCUCCUUGAACAAACGAAAAAUAAUUAAAAGAAAAUUAUAAAUUAUUGAAAGAAUUGCGAGAAAGAAAAAAAAAAAGAAUUCAUUCGAUUAAUUGCAUUCCUAAUCUAUUCGUCUUUCGUUGCUGGUUUUUACGUUACUAACUGUUUCUAUUUUGUUUUUGUUUUUUUUUUUUGGCACCAAAAAUACCUGUUCCUCAAUCCGUAAUUCAUUUUCCUUUCUUCAUUUACGUCUUCAUUUUUGUUACUAAUCUUUUUGUCUGUUUUGUGUGAUUCUUAUUCUCGCCAGACAUGACUGAUAUGAACGCUCCUACUCCCACGCCUAUUUCUCUGGAUGCUAGUCCGGUGUUGAAAGAAGUGGUGACAAACUACAUAACUUCUUUUGCACCAUCUGCAACGCCGUCUGGUGGUAGCGGUGGUAAUGUCCGACAGGAAGACCUAAACAGGUUUUUCGACAAUGGUAACGCCGGUUGGAUGCUCACAUCGACGUGCUUGUGUUUAAUUAUGGUCCCUGGCGUUGCUUUUUUUUAUUCGGGACUUGCUCGCCGCAAAAAUACGCUAGCAUUGAUUAUGCUCUCUAUGCUGGGUCUUAGUAUCACUAUGUUUCAGUGGUAUUUCUGGGGUUAUUCCCUUGCCUUUUCUCAAACUGGCACUUCUGGGUACAUUGGCAAUCUUCGCCAUUUUGCCUUCAUUCGAACCUUGGCAGACUACUCGCCAGGAAGCAACAGCAUUUCAGAGCUUGUUUUCGCAAAUUUUCAAGGAAUGUUCGCAGCUAUUACGGUUGCAUUGUUUACUGGUGCUGCUGCUGAACGCGGUCGUAUUGGUCCUAUGCUCUUGAUUACAUUUAUUUGGCUUACUGUCGUUUAUUGUCCAUUAGUCUGCUGGAUUUGGAACCCGAAUGGUUGGGCCUAUAAAUGGGGGGUGUAUGACUUUGCCGGUGGUGGACCUGUUGAGGUAGGGUCUGGCUUUGCUGCUUUGGCUUACACCGUAUGUUUAGGCCGUCGUUCCAAGUUUUUGGCUGAACAAUAUCGUCCCCAUUCUGUACUGAACGUCGUAUUGGGUACCUCUCUCCUUUGGUUCGGUUGGCUUGGUUUUAACGGUGGAAGUGCUUAUGGAUCUAACCUUCGUGCUGCAAUGGCUAUCACAAACACAAACUUGACCGCUGCCACGUCGGGUCUAGUUUGGGUUCUUUAUGAUUACAUUUUUAAAACCAGAAAAUGGACCACCAUUGGUUUUUGCUCUGGUGUAGUGGCUGGUCUGGUUGCCGCAACGCCUUGCUCAGGAUACGUAAGUCCUCAUGCUUCUUUAGCAAUUGGUGCCAUCACCGGUUUGAUUUGUAACUGGGCCGUUUUGUUAAAGAGUCAUAUGAAAAUCGACGAUGCUAUGGAUAUCUUUGCUAUUCACGGUGUUGCUGGUUUUGUUGGUACAAUUCUGAACGGUCUUUUUGCUGUCGACUAUAUAGCAGCUAUGGACGGAAGCUAUGUGGGUCAGAAUGCCAUUCAAGGUGGAUGGUUCAAUCAUCACUGGCGCCAAUUGGGACUGCAGUUGGCCUAUAUAUGUGCUGUUGCAGCUUAUGAUUUUGUUGCUACGUUUAUCAUUUUAUUUAUUGCUGAUAAAAUCCCCUGGUUCCAACUUCGUGUUACACCUGACGCGGAAGAAAUUGGUGUUGAUGCUGACCAAAUUGGUGAAUAUGCAUUUGAUUAUAUUGAAGAGCGACGUGAUUAUAAGCAGUGGAAGAUAUCGCCUUCUGGUAUUCCUGAAGAAAUUGUUGUUUCCGAUGGAAUUCCCCACCCAACGGGCAACAUUGCUGCUCCAGGUAAAAUUUUAGAGACAGCUAACCCGCCGAAUAUCGAUUUUGCUGUUUAACAUGUCGCUAAAUUUUCUAUAAGUCAAUGGACUAUUAAUGAUGUGGUGAGAUUGUUUCGAGCUUUGAUUCCUGAUUCCAAAAAAAUGUAUGACCCUGAAUUGGAGUGUCUUGUACGCAAAUGGCUCCUCUUUUUCUUUUCCUUUUGUUUUUUGCUUUCGAGUAUGAAACCUGUUUCUGGGGAAACAAAAAAAAUAUAAAAGUUCUUUUACAUUAGCUGAUACAGUUAUGGAUUGACAUAGACGUAACACAAAUACGAAUCAUCUUUUAACCAUAUAA